UGGCGGAGUGGAGCGGAGCGCAGGGGAGGGGACGGCGGCCGGCCGCGCGGAGGGAGUGAGUCACCUGACCGCCGCUUGCAGCCUUCAGUCGGGCCGCGCCGCGCCUCGGCUCCGGUCGAUGACAGUUAGAAGCAUGCUUUCCACUGCUCUCCCUGAUCCCGUUUGCCACCCAGGAUGUCUGUGAGUGAGAGCUCAGUGUUUGCCUAUGAGUCUUCUGUGCACAGCACCAACGUCUUACUCAGCCUCAAUGACCAGCGGAAGAAGGAUGUGCUGUGCGAUGUCACUGUCGUGGUGGAGGGCCAGCGGUUCCGAGCCCACCGCUCGGUGCUGGCUGCAUGCAGCAGCUACUUCCACUCGAGAAUCGUAGGCCAGACUGAUGCCAAGCUCACCAUCACACUGCCUGAAGAGGUGACAGUUAAAGGAUUUGAACCUUUAAUUCAGUUUGCCUACACUGCCAAACUCAUUUUAAGUAAGGACAACGUUGAGGAGGUGUGCAAGUGUGUGGAGUUUCUGAGCGUGCACAAUAUCGAGGAAGCCUGCUUUCAGUUUCUCAAGUUUAAGUUUUUGGACUCCACUGCAGAGCAGCAAGAAUGUACAAGAAAAAAAUGCUUCUCCUCACACUGUCAGAAAGCGGACUUUAAAAUUUCACUUUCAGAACAGAAAGAUCUAGAAAUCGAUGAAGCAGAGGAGUUCUUGGAAAAGAAGAGUGUUCCGACUCCUCAGUGUGACCCCCAAAGGUGUCAGGGUGAUGUGAAAGCAUCGCCCUCUUGCCAGGACAGUGCCAGCCAGACGUGCCAGUCCAUGUGCCUGGAGAAGGAUGGUGCCCCGGCGUUGCCAUCUUUAUGCCCCAAAUACAGAAAAUUCCAGAAAGCGUUUGGAACUGACAAGAUCCGUACUCUAGAAUCGGGCAUCAAAGAUGUCCAUGCUGCUUCUGUCCAACCAAAUGAGACGUCUGAACUUGAGUGUGUAGGGGGAGCACAAGGCUGUGCAGAUUUACAAGUGAUCUUAAAAUGUGAAGGAACGAAGCCAGCCAUGGAGAGUGAGGAGACAAAGCGCAAAGACCCCGCUUCCCAGUGCCCCGCAGAGCAGACGGAAGCGGCUUCUUUCCCUCACAAUUCUGCAGACCCUCAUGGCUUCUAUUCCCUCUCACUGUUACACACAUAUGACCAGUCUGGUGACUUGGGCUUUGCUGGGAUGCAAAGUAAAACAGUGAAAACAGAAAAGCCUUUGUCAGGUCCAGAUGCCCAGGACGAGAAGCCGUUUGGUGAAAAUCAGGAUUUGUACCUGAAAUCUGACACGGGCCCCAAAGAAGACAGCAGCAGCCUUGCAUCCGGUGAUCGGAGCAGUGUGGAGCGGGAGGUGGCAGAGCACCUGGCCAAAGGCUUCUGGAGUGACAUUUGCAGCACGGAGGCGACCUGCCAAAUGCAGUUGUCACCCGCUGCGGCCAAAGAGGGCUCAGAGCAGGGCUACCCGCAGAGGCGGUCCGAGUGUCCCUGGUUGGGUAUCAGGAUCAGCGAGAGCCCAGAGCCAGGCCAGCGAACUUUCACAACUCUCAGUUCCGUCAACUGCCCUUUCAUAAGUACUCUGAGUUCCGAAGCCUGCUCCAGCAACUUGGAAAUUGGAAACUACGAUUACGUUUCGGAGCCCCAGCAGGAGCCUUGUCCGUACGCUUGCGUGAUUAGCUUGGGUGAUGACUCGGAGACCGACACAGAAGGCGACAGUGAGUCCUGUUCCGCCAGGGAGCAGGAGUGUGAGGUAAAACUGCCAUUUAAUGCUCAACGAAUCAUUUCGCUCUCCCGGAAUGAUUUCCAGUCCUUGUUGAAGAUGCACAAGCUGACCCCAGAGCAGCUGGACUGUAUCCAUGACAUCCGCAGAAGGAGUAAGAACAGAAUCGCCGCGCAACGCUGUCGCAAGAGGAAACUUGACUGUAUUCAGAACCUGGAGUCCGAGAUUGAGAAGCUGCAAAGCGAAAAGGAGAGCCUGCUGAAGGAACGAGAUCACAUCUUGUCAACGCUGGGUGAAACAAAGCAGAACCUGACGGGACUUUGCCAACAAGUGUGCAAGGAAGCCGCGCUGAGUCAAGAGCAGAUCCAGAUCCUCGCCAAGUACUCGGCCUCAGACUGCCCGCUCUCUUUUUUAAUUUCUGAGAAAGGAAAAAGCAUUCCCGAUGGUGAACUUGCCUUUCCUUCAGUUUUCAGCCUGUCUGAUGCGCCUCCGGCUGCACCACCUCCCCGCAGGCCAGGGAACAGCAAGGCAGGCCAGGAACUGGCGCAGGAGUCCCCGAGGACAGCACCAGCCGCUGCAGCUGCCCUGGAGCAGGCCACACUAUUGGAACCCUGUCGGCAAAGUGGCGGGAUCUCAGACUUCUGUCAGCAAAUGACUGACAAGUGUACUACUGAUGAGUAAACCGCACGAGCACCCUUCAGCCCAUGGUUUUCCUACUGAAGUGUUGGCAUUGUCUCGAGAGUUGCAUAUGGCCAUGUCUUCUUGCUUAGUAGCCCUGCUUCCCCCUGGUAGCUUCCUAUUGGGGGAAUUUCUCUUUUGAGGUGACCCUGAGUUCUCCUUGAUUUUCACAGGAGAUAUGACAUGAUUUACCUCUUGGAUGCUGAAAAAUCACAUGUAAAAAUAGAGAGUAAUAAUCUCCCAGUAUUCAAAAGUAACCACGACAAUGAAAACUGCUGUAUCCGUUUCAACAGCUCGAAGCAUG